GAUUCGCAAAAAAGGAAUGCCUGUACACUUAUAAGAAAGGACUACAUAAUAUUCGUAAAUUAGAUUUUGACGACGAGCAAAAGGCUAAGGCGGAAAAGUUAUUGAGCACUUAUAAAGCGGACAAAAAGAAGUGUGCAGAGUUAUUAAAACUUCAUGAAAACAAAAGUGGAGGAAAUGAACUAUCACAAGGAAGAAAACAUGUCUUAGAGGAAGAAAAUAUUUCUGAAGAGGAGCAAACGAUUAUCGGUGGUAAAAGCACUACUUGGGUAGUGAAUGGAACCAAUAUCCGUCACAGACUCACACAGUACCAGAAAACAGGUCUACCAAAAACGAGUCCGGAAUAUUAUGAUGUAAUACUCUUCACCAAAAAAUCUCAAGACGGGUUUUUGAAGACACUGGAAGAAAAUGUCGUUUUGCAGAUGUCUAAGGACAUAGAGAGAGAGGAUAAGGAAAUCAAAAGUGGCAUUGAAGAAAACAUACGGUUAUUUCUGGACAACAUUAUUGUUAGCGACAUAAAGCGAACUAAAGAAAAUCUUAAACUACAAAAUAUUGACACGUUUGAGAAGGACUUUGCGGUAUUUUUUGUAAACCACAUGAUUGAACUUAUUAAAGACGGAGACAUGCUUCUUGGGAAUAUGUCCGAGGGGACAUUCAUUAUAACGAUUCUAGCGCCAAUCCUUCAGAAAAUUUUUAUGAAAAAUAAAAAGAUUUGGCGCGUGAAAUAUGAAGAAACAUGUAAGGCGAAUACCGAAGAUCAGAAUUCUCAAACAGAUAAUGAACGUCAUUCACUCGGUAAGAAGAUUGAUAUCUUGAUCUCACUGAAAGAUGAAGAUGAAGAAUUCUCUGUCACGAGAGAGGACGAUUUUCAGGGGAUGACUACGCGGAUGGUUUACUCUCCUAAAUCUAAGCGUGCUCGGAAUGAAAAGACUAAAUCUAAGCAUGCUAGGCAUGAAAAGAAGACUAAAUCUGGGCAUGAUGGGCAUAAAAUCUGA